AUGACUGGCCACCUGCACCCCUCACGCUUGCUCCUGCUGCUGCCCGCACGUGUGCGCCUGUUUGAUCACAUCCUCGUGCUCUACUUGUGCCAGCCACCCAUGACCGGUACAAGAUGGCAGGCCAAUGGUGGUCAUUCGAAAGACCACCUGCUGCUCCAGUUUAAGAACGAGCAGGUCAAUGGCAGAUGUGGGUGUUCCCUGUGCAGCGUCAAGUCGGUGAUGAUCAAAGUGCUCGUGUUGCUGUCUCUCGAACCUGGCUCUGCGAAUGCGGACCUUCGCCGAGUUAAGUACCACAAGAACCAGGCAAACGGCAAGGACGACUCACACACUGGUGCGGGGUUUGUGUUUAACAUGUGGCAAGUGGAUUGUGUUGCUGGGAUGAUGGACAGUGAGGACAUGCAAGCAUUCAAGGCGGACGGGAAGGAGGAAUACCCUGAGUGUCGCGACUUGGGGUCAAGUGACAAGGACAAACAAACACGAAGGCUGGGGGCGUUCGACUGGGUCUCACCGAAGCGAUGGUGA